AUGGAGAAGGGAAGAAAAAGAAUCCCAGCAGAGAUACUGAUGGAGAUACUCGCCAGACUACCCAUGAAAGCCAUCGCCAGAUUCAAAUCAGUUUCCAAAAAAUGGAACUCCGUAACCGAAUCUCCUUAUUUCAUCCGUCGCUAUUUCUCUCUUCACCCAAACUCAUCAACAUGGUCUCUCAUGUUCCUAACCAAGCUUUACCAUCCUAUCACAGAAGCCAUCGGCUUCCACGGACGGGACACAUGGGAUCUCCCAAAGUCUCUAGCUUCCUACGUACUGCCUUUCCAACCGUACCCAAAUCUCCCUACUGUUAACAACUAUUAUUACGUAGCUUCGUCCAAUGGAUUGAUCUGGAUCGAGGUCUACCUCACCCAUCACAACCGCAGAUCAUUCGUGGGUAAUCCAGUUUCGAAGCAAUGGGUUGAAAUCCCUCAGCCUCCGAAUAAAUGUGCCGCCACUGGUCUGGUGACACGUGUCGAAAACGGCCUGGUUACAAGCUUCAAAGUCGUUAGGACUUGUAGUAAUCAGACAAGGAAUGUGUGGAGAGUGUAUGUGUAUUCGUCUGAGACAGGGUUGUGGAGUUUCAAGCGGCUUUUGUCGUUUUGUCCUGUCGAUGGUGCUAAUCCUCCGGUGAAUAUCGACGGGAAGCUCUACCUGUGGGAAAAAGAUUCUCGUGAAGAGGAUCUGAUGGAAAACUUUAUUCCUAAGGAGUUUGGAUUCCUUGUUGGUUAUGACUUCUAUGGUGAUGAUAAUCAAUGUCAGGUUGUACCUCUACCUAUCCCGGACAAUAAGUACGUUAGGAGAUGCUUAACUACUUCAAGAGGCGAUGUUAUGUACGUGGAGAUAUUGUAUCGUAGAUUGAAGGUUUGGAGGCUGAGUAGCAACAAUCCGGAGGGUAGUGAACUGUUGUGGGAGCUGUCGCGGGAAGAAAUCAACUUGGCGUCUAUUGGAUUUGAUGUCUUCUGUUUUCCGUUGGCUAUGAAUCCGUUUGAUGAUGAUAUCAUCUACCUAUGGAGUCGGGAACAUGAUUGUGUGGUAACGGGUAACUUGCAGACUCUAGAGUUUGUUCUUCAUCAAGAAUCAGAGAACUGGAGUAGUGCCAGUAAUGGAGGUUGCUGUCGCUUUAACAAGUUGGAUUCCAAGAGGUAUAUGGACGGUUUUCGCAAUGAAACUUCUACUUCUGUCGUCAUCUUAUCCCAGUUUGUGCUUCCGCCGUGGAUGGACUUGGUACCCCGUCCCCCCAACAUACUUAACUCUCUAUUAGCAUCAGAUAUGCUCUCCCAAGUUCAAGUUGCAUGA